AUGGGCGACCGCGAGCGCAACAAGAAGCGGCUGCUGGAGCUGCUGCGGGCGGCGGGCACCGGCAACGCGCGCUGCGCCGACUGCGGGGCCGCGGAUCCCGACUGGGCCUCCUACAAGCUGGGCGUCUUCAUCUGCCUGCACUGCUCCGGCGUCCACCGCAACUUCCCCGACAUCAGCAGAGUCAAGUCCGUGAGGCUGGACUUCUGGGAGGACGGCCUCGUGGAGUUUAUGACCCACAACGGGAACCUCCGUGCGAAGGCCAAGUACGAAGCCCGAGUCCCUGCUUUCUACUACAUCCCUCAGGCCAGCGACUGCCUGGUUUUAAAGGAACAAUGGAUUCGAGCUAAGUACGAGAGACAGGAAUUUAUGGCUGAUGGGAAAACCAUCUCACUCACAGGUAACCGGGAAGGGUUCCUGUGGAAGCGGGGAAGGGACAACGCGCAGUUCCUGAGAAGGAGGUUUGUCCUGUCGGCGAGAGAAGGCCUUCUGAAGUACUACACUAAGGAACAGGGGAAAAGCCCCAAAGCUGCCAUCCACCUCAAGGACUUAAAUGCCACCUUCCAAACGGAGAAGAUAGGGCACCCCCACGGGCUGCAGAUCACCUACCGGAGAGAGGGCCACACCAGGAACCUGUUUGUGUACCACGAAAGCGGCAAGGAGAUAGUGGACUGGUUCAACUCCCUCCGCGCAGCCCGUCUGCAGUACCUAAAGGCGGCCUUUCCUGAGCUCCCAGAGUCUGAGCUCGUGCCCCUCAUCACCAGGAACUACCUCAAACAAGGCUUCAUGGAAAAGACUGGCCCAAAGCAACGAGAAGCUUUCAAGAAAAGGUGGUUUGCCCUGGAUGCCCAGGAGCGGAGGCUGCUCUAUUACAAGAACCCCCUGGACGCCUUUGACCUGGGCCAGGUGUUCCUCGGGAGCUGGGAGCAGGGGUACGAGGUGUCCGAAGGCCUGCCCAAGGACGUCCAAGGAAACCGCUGGAAAGCGGGCCUCACCAUCGUCACCCCCGAGCGCAGGUUCCUCUUCGCCUGCCCCAGCGAGAAGGAGCAGGGCGAGUGGCUGGAGAGUUUCCGGGACGUGCUCUCCCGGCCCCUGACAUCCUUCAACCUCCUCACUGCAUCAACAGAGAGUGGCCACAGCAGCAGGUGA